GCGACCUGCUUCCAUCCAAAACCCACGAGGCGCGCGCGCGCGCGUGCGUUUCAAAGCAGCGCAUGCGCCGUGAAGCCACUCGCGGGCGUCACACAACCGCAGCGAUUGCGGACCUGACGCGUCGAGUCGCGAGCCACAGAAGUGCUGUAGUAGUAGCGGAGACGAGGCUGAGGGGAUGGAGAUGGAGAGCCGCCAGGCCGAGGAAGACCGAGUCUAGCGACGCUUGCAGCCGCCAGCAUGUGUGCAACGUGCCCGUCUCCUCCGCCCCAAUCCGCCGCGACUGCAGUCGUCCUCCUCCGCGGGGACCACAAUGACACCCCGCGUAGGUGAGUGAGUGCACACUAGUGGUCGCGGUACCGCGCAGGAUGCUCAUCUCGAACCCCGCCGGCAAGACGCUCCGCAACUGCCGUUCCCGUCCCGCGGUGCCGAGGAGGACCGAGCGUUUCCUCCCUCCUGCUCCCGCCGGUGUAUGAUGGAGAGCCCCAAUGGCUCUGCAGGCGGCGACACCAGAGCGAGCCAGGCGGAGAAGAAGAGACCGAACCGGGCGCCUUCCCCGGCCAGACCUUUCCUGAAGGACGUGCACGCUCGCGCCCCGAGGCCGCCGGCCAUCGGACCCAAAUCGCCCAAACUCGGCAAGCAGCAGGCUCCGAACCGCGGCUCCAGGCGCAACCUGGCCGCCGCGGUGAAAGACAAGCCCGGCGCGGCCGCCAGGAGCAACUCCAAGGCCGGGCCGGCCAAAAAGCCCGGAAGGCUCGCCGGAAUCGAACUUAAAGCAGCCGGCAGCCCGACCCUCGCCAAGGCCAAGAAGGGAAAGCUCGUCCCGGCGUGCAUCGGGCCUCUCGGCCAUGGCUCCCCGGUCCGGGUACCGACAGGUCUGGUCAGCCAGACAGACAGCAGCUCGGAUCUGUCGGACUGCCCGUCCGAGCUGGCGCCGGUGGCCAGCAGCGACGCCGAGUCCGCCACCGGCUCCAGUGAUCGGGAUCGCCCCGGCGCAGAGCGUCCGCCGAGGGCGGACCCGCCUGCGACUCCGGCGCUUCAUCCCGCCCCCAAGGCUUCGGUGUGUCCGGCCCGGCCCGCUCCGGAGAAGAAACCCAAAGGAACCGAUGAAGAGCUGCUGAGAGAAAUUGAGGAUUUGAGAUCUGAGAACGAUUAUUUGAAGGAUGAGGCGGAAGAGCUGCGGGCGGAGAUGGAGGAGCUGCGCGACACCUACAUGGACGAGGAGGUGUACCAGCUGCAGGAGCUGCGGCGCGAGCUGGAGCGCUCCAACAAGAACUGCCGCAUCCUGCAGUACCGCCUGAGGAAGGCCGAGCAGAAGGGCCUGCGAGCGGCCCAGACGGGUCACGUGGACGGCGAGAUGCUGCGCGCCCUCGAGCAAGACCUCAAGGUGGCCAAAGACGUGUCGGUGCGUCUCCACAACGAGCUGGAGAGCGUGGAGGACAAGCGCAGCCGGGCCGAGGACGAGAACGAGCAGCUGCGCCAGAGGAUCAUCGAGGUGGAGAUCUCCAAGCAGGCGCUGCACAACGAGCUGGAGCGGGCCAAAGAGACUGCCCUGAGACGACGCGGGGGCUCAUUUAAAGACAAGAAAUCCACCAGCCAGGAGGACAGCUCUGACCUCAGGUGCCAGCUCCAAUUCGCUAAGGAGGAGUCGGGGCUUAUGCGUAAAAAAAUGGCCAAGCUGGGCCGGGAGAAGGACGAACUGGAGCAAGAACUGCAGAAGUACAAGUCGGUCUAUGGGGAUGUGGACAGUCCUCUUCCCUUGGCCGAGUGCUCAGGCGGCGGCCCCCAUUCCACUCGCGAGGCAGAGCUUCGACUGCGCCUCAAGCUGGUGGAGGAGGAAGCCAACAUUCUGGGGAGGAAGAUCGUGGAGUUGGAAGUGGAGAAUCGCAGCCUGAGGGCAGAGAACGACGACAUCCGCUGCCAGUACGAGCGAGACUGCUUCGGCCGGGAGCCCUUCUCCAGCAUGCCCUCGUCCCCCUACGGCGGCGACGUACUUGAGUCGGCCGGUGAGCUCCGCCGUCACCUUCAGUUUGUGGAGGAGGAAGCGGAGCUGCUCCGUCGCUCCAUCACAGAGAUUGAGGACCACAACAGGCAGCUUACCUCUGAGCUCAAUCGCUUCAAAUUCAGUUCUGGCCCGGAAGGCGAGGACAGUGGUGAAGGGGGAUUAUUUAAACCCACUAAUGGCUCCAGCGGAGGGAUGAUGAUGGAGGAGCUGAAAUCUGCUAGGAUGCAGAUAAACGAGUUAAGCGGAAAAGUGAUGAAGCUCCAGUACGAGAACCGGGUUCUCCUAUCUAACGUCCAGCGUUGCGACCUGGCGGCACAUUUGGGCCUGAGAACCGGCAGCCCGAGAGACAGCGACGCCGACAGUGACGCCGGUCGGCGGGAAGCGACUGAGGACGAGGAGGCAGGGCGACUACUUCUCCUCCAACCCAAGAGGGAGGGUCCUAUUGGCGGGGAGAGCGAUUCUGAAGACCUCUUUGAGAAAACCACCACCUCGGGGUUCGGAAGCAUCCGGCCCUCAGAUGGCAUCGAGCUUAGCCCUGCUGAGCACGCCAACCGCCGCAGGGAGGAACGGGAAUCCUUUGCCAAUUUGAAAAGAGAGGCAGAUAGACUUGGGAAGUCUGUGGACCGUCUAAUCACUGACACGGACAGUCUGAUCCUCGAGGGCAAACUCCUGGUGACGACGGCAGAGGGUCCGCAGGGAGGAGGCGAUCCCCAAGUCCUGGACACCAUCAAUACCUGCAUGAAAGCUUUCCGCACCGAGCUACACAUCUUCGUGGAGAAACUGGAACAUGUUGGUGAUGGACUGAAGGACAGGACAGAUGACCUGUCCCCGAUGCCAAACCUCACAGAGUCCAGCAGUUUCCUGUCUACGGUCACCUCAAUGUCGCGGGAUUCUCCCAUAGGCACCUUCGGGAGAGACCUGAUGACGGACUUCCAGUCCGGUCAGAGGGAUGAGCUGGAGUGGCGAGUAGGACAGGAGCGAUGCGUGGAGGCCCGCAGCCAGAGCAGGGGAGGUGCCGCGGGACUCGCUAGGUACCACAGACCCCUGCUUUUAAGAGGAGAGCUGCGGGAGGGGCCUCCCCUCGACGUCCACCUUCGUCCGGAACGGAUGAAAAUCGCGCCGGACGAACGCGACUCUACAGUUGUCUCCUUGCCUCAGGAAGACGAACGUUCACGUUCGGAGCCCCAGCGCCAGCAUCUGGAGCUGCCGGGCCUCCUCCAGGGUCCGGAGGCUUGCUGGGCCCAGGAGCGAGCGUCCCUGCAGCAAGAAAUUCGGCUGUUCCGACGCAACACGGCCAUCUUCUACAUGAAGCUCAAGUCCAUCCUGGUGCGCUGGAGGCUCGGAAGCAGGGACGGCGCAACUCCCGACGACGGCGUGCAGCCUGAGGUGGAAAAGUUGGAAGGCGUCCCCGAGCUGGGCGGGAUGAUGCAGCAGACUGAGGGCAACGGAGGGUCCGUUCUCCCGUCCGUGUCGCCCGAUGGACACCUGCAGUACCAGCAACAGUUUGUGGAGAACCGUCGAAUGCUGCAGGCGCUGCGCACGCUGCUCGAGCAGUUCCGCGAGGAGCUGCGCGAGGAGGACACGCGGCGCUGCCAACUGCAGCAGGCCUACGCCAACGACAAAGCCGCCUGGGAGGUGAAAUGGGCGGCGAUGAAGUGCCGGCUCGCUCAGGUGGAGGAGGAGGCGCGGGGGAGAACGCCAAGCCAAGCUCAGGGGGGCGAAGGAGAGGUGUCGUCCCGGGAGCGCGAGGAGCACCGGCGCCUGCUGGCCGAGAGCCACGGCGCCUCGCUGGACCUCCGCUGGCGGCUGCAGCACGGCGAGAAGCGGUGGAGCCGCGAGAGGGCCGAGCUGCUGGAGCAUUUUGAGCGCCAGAGGCAGGAGUGGGACGGGGGCACCCGCCAACUCCACCACGUGGUGGACAGGCUCCAGAGAGAGCUGAACUACCGUCGAGCCGAGGGCGCCGAGGACGGCGGCUCAUGCACCGGCGCCCGCUCACCGCGCUCCCCGCGGGCCCCGGCGCCGCCCGUCCGCUCCCUCUCUGACUCGGACGCCGUGCUAGCGGAGCAAGGUGGGGCUGCCUCCACGAAACUGAGAAGCCCAUCUGAGAGUCCCUUCUUGGACGCUCUGUCUCUGGAUCCCCUCGGCGGCCUGGAGGUCCCCCCGCCCUGCAGGCUGGAGGGUGAGAAGAGGUUCCCCUGCAUGCAGGAGGCCCUCAACGUGAUAUCCGAGAGGGAAGGCGGUGCGGAGUUGUAUCCUGAUGAGGAGAUGGGCGGGGGAAGUUUGCUCAGAGCCAAGUCGGUGUGCUCCAUGAGCGAUUUCCAACGUCUGAUGGACAGUUCACCGUUCCUCCCCGAUAAAACUCGCCACGGUGAGCGCGGCCAAGACGACGUCACCCCGCCCCUUUCGCCGGAUGACCUCAAGUACAUUGAGGAGUUCAACAACAAGGGCUGGGACUUCCCAUCAUCCGCCACCGACGACCCGGGCUCCGCUCGAGUGGCGUGGGUUGAUAAGCCCUCAGCGGACCCGGUCAGGGAGUCCCUUCAACCGCCCUCCUGGUUCUUAACCACCAGCGCCAGCCUGACCACCACCAGCACCCUCAACAGCAGGGCGGGCGUGGGAGCGGACGCCUUUGGGGUCCACAUCCUCCACAGCCCCACCAGAUCUGAACCAGAACCAGAGUCUGACCUCCUUUACACAAAGGGGAGCAAGGCAAGGGGCGACGGGGAGGCGCCCAGCGGGUCCGAUGAGGUGUUCACUGGCGGCAGGUGGCCGUGUGGCCUUCUGGAAUCUGGGGGAUUAAGGACUUCGCCGAACCAGUCCCCCAUUUGCCCCACAGUGGGUUACGCCUCCUCCUUGGGGCUCCAGCUCUCUCGGAACAUGAGCGAUGACAUGAAGGAGGUGGCCAUUUCGGUGAGGAAAGCCAUCUGCUCCCCGACUGGACCCGUGGUCCGGGACACGGCCUGCCAAACCAACGGCUUUACCACGCGAGGAACUCAGACCACGCAGACCAUAAGCGUGGGUCUGCAGACGGACCUGUUGAGGAACCUGACCAGCAGCCCCCACCGCUGCCUCACCCCGAAAGGGGGUGGCACCCCCAUCUCGUCUCCGUCGCGGAAUACCCGGAAGGUCCAGUACUCACCGGUCAUCCAGAAUAAGUUCGAGCGGCCUUGCUGCUCUCCGAAGUACGGCUCGCCCAAACUUCAGCGCAAGAUGUCCUCGUCCAACAAGGCGGAGAUACCCAACACCAGCCGUGCCGCCACCCCCACCACUCCUCAGAAGGGCAACAGCGAGUCGGCGUGGGCGCGCUCCACCACCACGCGGGACAGCCCAGUCCACACCACCAUCAACGACGGCCUCUCCAGCCUCUUCAACAUCAUCGACCACACGCCCGUCGUCUACGACGCCAUGCAGAAGUUCAACAAGUCCCCCAGCCACUCCCGCCCCGCGACCGCCGCCGAGCCCGGCCCCGACCCCAAGAGCGCCAGGGGCCGCUCGCCCAGCCCCGUGCAGCUGAUAGUGGAAACGGAAGGGGACCGCAACGCCGAGGUGGUGAGCAUUCGGCAGGACCUGUCGGCGCCCCCGGGGUACACGCUGGCCGAGAACGCCGCCCGCAUCCUCAACAAAAAACUCCAAGACGAGAGGAGGCUUCAGGCGGGAGGAGUGGGAGGCAAGAUGGCCGACCCGGAGAGAGCACAGCCCGGAUGCAUGGAGGACCUGCCCCGCUCUCCCGUGGCUCCGCCCCUGGACCGGCGUUUCCUGCGGCCAGCCCGGCCGGCCAACCGCCGGCCACCGUCGCGCUGGGCCAACCUCUCGCCGCCCGCCACCUCCGCACCUGGGGGGAGGUUCACCUUCACCUUCCCGGUGACCGUUGGACGGUGCGCGAGCGUCCCGGAAGGUGACGCGCCGGGUUGAUGCUCGUCCUCUACCUCUGACGUCACCCCCCCCCCAAAAAAAACAACUCUCUCAUUCAUUCAUUCAUCCAUCCAUUCCCCCCAAAUAUGACUGAGAAGCUCAUUGGUCACCUGAGAAACACCAGCUGACCCCUCAGGGGAACGACAACAACAACAACAACAAGUUCUUCAAAUGUACUGUAAACGUCGCUAAGCAUCAAAGGUGCCUGUCACACUUGAGUUCUGCGUCUUUUUUGUCAUCAUCAUUUCAUAUUUCAGAUGAGGGAGUAUUUGGGCCACACGAAGAAGAAAAAAAAACCCAAAUUGGACAAUUAGAUGAAUGUCAAAAUAAUCGGUUGGAACUUCUUGGAAAAAUGUUUUUCAUCACACAUUUUCCUGAAGAUAUUUUCAUAAAACCUCUGAUUUAUUUUCUCAAAUUUCUACACUUUUCACACUUUACAUUUUCCUCAUCCUUCUCCCCAAACAAAAACAUAUUCUUGAAAAACUUUACAGGGUAUCUAAAAAUACAUUCCCCAAUUUUUUUUGUACAUUUCAUUUUCAUGGGAUUACUUUUUUUCUGGAUUUUUUUUUUUUUUACCAAUUUCAUUUUUUUACUUUAUUGAAUUUUUUUUCAUGGGGAUUAUCUGAAUUUUCAAAAUAAAAAAAAGCUUAAAAAAAACUAAAGCUUUUUUUCUAAAAUUGCAAUUUAUUUUGGAAAAUUAUUCUUUUCUUGACAAAACAUUUAUUUUUCCUAAUUUUUACUUUUUUUGAUUGAAACUAUUUUCUAAAAUUUGACUUCAUGAAAAAUAACUUCUUGAUCCCACACAUUAAAUGAAAAAUGUUUUUUUAUAAGAUUACUUGUAAAAAAAAAAACCUGUUUGACUAAACAAAUAACGAAUAUUAUUGUCACCCAAAAUCCGACUUUGCCACUCAUUCAAAGAUUAAUUUUAUGAAUGAUUCGUUUGUAUUUUUUCUUGCAAAUGAUUUUGUUGGAAAGUGCAAUUUAUUUUCUCAAAUUUUCAGACUUUUUGCUCAAAGGUCCCCCCAAAAAAUCUAGAACUGUUUCAGUAAAAAAAUAAAAAAAAUUAUUGAAAAAUAUGAUCCCCAACAACCUUCCCCCGCAGAAAAAUGUUUCAGUUUCUUUUGCGUGUGGCCCAAAUAGCACCCGCUUGACGUAAUAUUUCAAUCCAUCUUGGGUUCUUGUUGACGGUACUGUCGAGUUCCCGUUCUUCACCUCUCGAGUUUUUCCACUCCCAUUUUGAAAUGCGUCAAUUCCAAACCCGAACUUUUUCUGCUUCUGUGGUGCGAAGCGGAGACACGUGAUGUCAUUUUUCCAUCUCCUGACGCAAAACGUUGUCUUUUGUGUAUUUUGUUGUUUUUUUUUUUUCCUAAAAAUAUAAAACAACACGGGUGAAGAGAACGAGGAAUUAUGCAUCUUCUGUGUUAUCGGUCCAAUAUUUGCAUGACACUAGCACUUUAGUGCACGUACAAAAUGAACGCUCGUCACUGUUACAAUGAACGGUUUCUCGGUUUUUUUUGUUUUUGUUUUGUUUGUUGUUGUUUUUCUAUCGUGUGGACCGCUGCACUCGUCAACGUGUCUUCGUUGUGCGUCCGAUCAGAAUGUGUUCAGUUUCAAAAGAAAACAAACAGAAAAAUAAAGAAUGUUUUAGCUGAGAAUCUUAUGUGAAAAAUGUACUCUUGUGUAAAUAGUCGGGUAA